CCCCUCCCCGGGGCGGGACCACAAAAUGCCUUAAAUUCGGGGUGGGUGUGAUGGGAGCAUCUUCGACCCAGAGGAAAAGGACAGCUGACGGCCUGAAUCUGCGUCGCCUGGAAGCCCCACAGAUCGAGGGAAGCCCCCAUCCCUCCCAGCAAUGCUGAAGACCAAAGUUGCCCCCCUGCUGCUCCUCCUCCUGGUGGGGUUUGCCGCCUGUGAAGAGAGGGAAGUGACUCCCUGCAGCAAGAAAGGCCGCGAGUGCUUCUCCUACACGCUCGUCUGCAACGGCUCCGGCUAUGAGGCUCGGAUCUACCAGCCCUCCGUCUGGGUGGCGACCCGCGUCAACGACGGCUCGGCUUACCUCCCGGCCCUGAUCCAGGGCUUCUGGCGGCUCUUCCGCUACAUCCAAGGGAAAAACGCGGCGGGGGUCCACAUCCCCAUGACCGGCCCGGUGCUGACCCGAGUCCGGGACGACCCUGAGAGCCGCGAGUUCGAGAUCUACUUCAUGCUGCCGGAGGCCUUUCGGGGGGACCCGCCCGCCCCCACCGAGGAGACGGUCUUCGUGGAGCGCUUCCCGGAGCUGCGCGUCUACGCGCGCGUCUUCGGCGGCUGGAUGACGGACGCCACCCGCUUGGCGCAGCUGCAGUACCUGGACGGGCAGCUGAGCGCGCACGGGCGCCCCCUGCAGGCCGGCCGGCACUACACCGCUGGCUACAACAGCCCCAUGGAGAUUUUCAACAGGCGCAACGAAGUCUGGCGAGAGGCGGAGGGAGAGCUGAGCUGCAGCCCCGCCCUCGAGGAAUAAUUGUUUGCGACCCCCAUCAAGGACGCCCACCCCCCCUCGUCUUCUUCCUGCCCCUGGAGCAACUGCACCCCCCCCCAGCUUGAGGAACCUGGGAGUGGGAUGUACCCCUCCCUCCUUGAAUUUCAGGGGUUGGGCUAGAUGAGCUUUUGGGGUCCCCUUCCACCCCUUCCUAUUGCCCCAAGGACACAGGGGAGCUGCUUCUUCACCGGUCAGAGUUCUGCCUGUCUGUUCAGAGGCAGGCCGUCUCCUGCAGGCAAAAGGGUCUAAUGCGGCUUCCAUCCUCCUGAGUUUCCCCCCCCCCGCCAUAGAAGUCUAUAAUGGGGGGGGGAGCUGGAAGGGGUCCCCAGAGGCAAUGUAGUCCACCCUCUCCUUGCCGGCAGAGCCCUAAGUUUCUCUUCACGCUCAACAUGAACUGCCUGCCACUCCCUGUCCCAACCGUUCAGGAGACGUUCGCUGCUCACCCCACACCCAAAUAUGCUGGCGGAGGCUGAGAAAGGGGGGGGGCGGUAUUCUGCACCCCUCUGCAAAAGGAAGACAUAUCACCCAGGAAUCACCCGUGAAGGAAAUAAAUCGCAUUAGCAAAGGAAA